AUGGUUCAAAUGAAGCCCAUUCCACAGCAACAGCUGCCUUCCCCUAAUACUGAUGCCAGCGCCCAUGGCCCAAAACACAUUUUGGAUACACCGAUCUUUGAGCUCCGCAUUAUUUCCUGUUCAUCUGCACCAGGUGACCGGUGUUUGGGAGGGCAUGACCUGUACGUUGAUAUUAAAGAGAACAGUCCAAAUGGCACAGUCAUCGCAAAGCUCACUGUAAAUGGCAACCUUUCCAGCCAUGAAAUCAACUUGAAUCUGACAGGAACGGAUAUGAAGUGGUUUCACUUGGAGGAGGAAGUUGUCAAGCUGAAUGUGUUGCCUACCAGACAGUUGGAUCGAGAGCUACUGUCCAUGCCCCUUCUCUUUGCCACGAUAACCUGUACUGAUGUUACAUCUUCAGAUCAGAUCCACUACAGACUAAUGGUGCAGGUACUUGAUGAAAAUGACAAUCCACCAAUGUUCCUUAAAGAAAAUAUUCAGCAAGUCAACAUCAGUGAGUUCACGCCAGUCGGCAAUGUUGUCUUCACACUGCAGGCACAUGACAGGGACGGGGAUGACCUCAUCUACAUGAUUGAUGGCGCAUCGAGUGAUGCAGAAUUCUUCAUAAUCAACUUACCGAGCAGUGGAAAGGUCCAUUUGGCCCAGCAACUAGACUUUGAGGUGAAAAAGGAAUUGGAGCUGAUGGUUUAUGCCAUGGAAGUGAAUACCAAAGAGAGAUACAACACAACAGCGAAAAUUACCAUCAAUGUAUUAGAUGGGGAUGACCAGUACCCAAGAUUCCUUCCCUGCAAUUUCCUGUCACAUGGAGCAUCCAGGAUUUGUGUCAAUCCAAUCUACACAGGAAAUGUCACAGAGGCAAGGUUACCGUUUCAUGCUCUCCAACUCUCCCCAGGCUCCAUAUUAGCAGAGGAUGGAGACAUAGGACUUCAGACACCAGUUAUAUACUCGAUCCUUGAAGGUGAUGAUAACGGCAGAUUUGAAAUCAGCAAUAUUACUGGAGCGAUAAUGAUGAGGUGGCCAGUCCGGAGCUAUGUACAAAAUCCAUCAUUCUCUCUGAAAAUCAUGGCUUCUCAAGUGGAUGACCCCAGCAAAUACGCAGUGACCAAGGUGUUGAUUCAUGUCCUGGUCCAGAAUCGUCAUCGGCCACGGUUUAACAAGAUCGAGUAUAAAGGAUUUGUUCAGGAGCAACCUAACCCCUUUGCCCUGGUAGUCACUUAUGGAAAUAAACCCUUAUUAGUGAAAGCAGUGGAUCAAGAUUUCAAAAACGGCAGAAACCCGAAACUUAUCUACACCCUGACAAAUCAGUCCAAUCACACACAGCUAUACCAGAUCACACAGGAAGGGCUCCUACUUGCUCGAACUAAUCGAUUGCAUGCGCAUGAAAAGUACAUGCUGCAGAUUGUUGGAUCCGAUAAUGAUUCAGGGGACACUGUCAGCACCAAGGUCAAUGUUGAAGUUCUUCACUCAAGUCAGCCAGUUCCAACUGGACUUCCCAAAGAAAGCAGGAAGCACAGUUCUAAGGAAAUGGGAUUGUUGGGAGGAAUCAUUGGCGUAUUACUCCUCCUCCUUAUUGUCGCAUUUGUCCUACUUGUGUAUAACCUGAGGCGUCGACACAGGCAACAUAGACAAAGGGGCACUGUUGCAGCAGAACGAAAUACCAAUGUGGUUAACACCAGUAAACCAGAACAACCCUGCAGAAAUCUAGCCUAUAUAAAUGAGGCUUUCAGUAAUUGGAAUGAAGAAUCGAACAAUGGUGGUGCCACGUACAAUCAGGGGGAAAUCUCAAAUGAACUGCUUGAUGCUGCACCAGUUCAAGAACAAGAGUGUGCCAUCAAACCCAUCUUGACGAAUGGAAAACUUGCUUCCUGCAAGUCCAUUUGUGUCAAAGCUGAUGUAAUGGCAGAGGAAAUUAGUACUGAUACUGGACACCAAAAUAAAGAAUAUAACAAUGAGGAGCAGAGAGUAAAUAGCAAUUGCCCAUUAGGAGUAAACUUGCAAUUACCAAAUAAGUCUGGCUUGGAGGAAAGGCCACAAUGGGAAAAUAAGAAGGAGCGACUUGAAGUUGUAAAGGAAACUGUGCAAGAAGCCGCAGGGCAGGCAGGAACUGUGCCAGAAGAAAUGAAGAGCUCAGUUUUCAUAGAAAAACAAGAGCUUACAGCAAAUAUGACAGAAGGGCAAGAGUAUUCAAUAUCUGCAGCAGGCCUUGCAGACCUCAUGACUGCUGCAGGGAUAAAGCACUUGGUACCUAAAAUAGAACAAGAACAUCCAGUAAACAUGUCAAGACAACAAGAGCACAUAAUAUGUUCCAAGAAAACAGCAGGUGCAGUGGAUUCAGUGGUAGGAGACGCAAUAAAAGAAGGUACAGUAGGUACAAAAAGCCCAAUAGCCCUAGAGCAGCCAGCAGCAACAGAACAGCAUCCAUUAGUUGAAAAGCAACCUGUGAUAGAAGUAAUAAUGGAGCAACCAAUGGCAGUACUAUAUCCAGCAUCCACAGACCAUCCAGUGAAAGUAGAAAAUGCAGUGGCAACAGUAUCUCCAGCAUCAACAGAGUAUCCAGUGGUAGUACAGCAUCAAGUGGAAGCCGAGAAUCCAGUAGAAAUGGAGGAUCCAGGGGUUACAAUGCAGCAAGUGACAGGGAAAAUGACAGCAGAAUAUCCAGCAGCCACAGAGUAUUCAGUAUCAGAAGACAUGCUUAUAUAUUGUCCAACCACAGGAGUAACUAUAGAGGUCUUGGAAGGAGCAGAGGAAACUGAAGACACAGCAACAAUAAAACCAUCUAUUGAAACUUCAGUGGUGGUCACAAAGUGUCCAGUGGCAGAAGAUGGUAUAGAACGGCUAGUGACAGAAGGACUGGCCAUUGAGGUUCAGUCAAUCACACAGCUGGAUGCGGAAGAUCCAUCAGCAGAAGGAUCAACCAUAAAGGAGCCAGAGGGAGAAACACCUACAGAGGGUCAAAUGGAAGCCAAAAGAAGCACAUCAGCAGCAGGAGUGGAUUUAGAGCUCUUAGGGGCAGUUAGGAUUGACUCAGCAGCAGGAGAAAUAAGCCUAGAAUCUACAAGGCAUCCAGCACCUAGUAUGGUCAGAGAAUGUUCAGUGGUUCCAGUGGGUUCACCAGACGCAGAUUACUCAUCAGCUCUUGAAAGAGGAGACAGUUCUGUAACUUUCGGGAAAAGCACCACAAAUAUGGUGAUGCUUUAG